AAUGUCAAUUUGACAUUAUAGGUGAGGUAAGCUUUGUCACUUUGUGCAUCGUACUUCAGUCCUGAUUACACUAGAUAAUAAAAAUUAUCCCAAUGUCUAUUUAACCAAGAAAAUAAAGUAAACAAACUAUAAAAAGUCGGGGAAUCACAAUGGAAAAUAUCCAGAGUGAAAAAGAGGAACAACACCAAGAAACGUUAUUGGUGAAUGUCGUCCCUGCUCAAAUACUACGUUUCGACAUGGUUUGUCGCGUUUGCGGCAAUGAAAACGAGAAGAACAUUCAAAUAUUCGGGGCGGAUGGGCAGAACUACGAACUAGCCCUGAAAAUGAACACUUAUUUACCCAUAAAGGUUGCGGAAAACGACCGUUUGCCAACUGGUUGUUGUUGGACUUGUGCAUCAGCAAUAAUUUCCUGGCAUGAUUUGAUUGUAACAAGCAUAGAAACCGAUCGUAAAAUUAGGGCGUUGCAGAUAGUUUUAGCUAAGCCGCUUACGAUUCCUUCGGAAAGAACCGAAGGUGAAUGUGAACCUGUUCUAAAUCACCGAACGGACCAAGAUGAUUCAUCUGUAAGUCUGAGUGCUUUAUACGACAAUACCAUUCCAACUGAAUCAACUUUAUGUAAUGAGCUAAUACCUAAUAAUAAUUCGCAUGAUAUUAAUAAGGGAGAAAUAAAAAUAUCAGAGUAUCUCGAAGAAACCGAUUCAAAUGUUACUCAAACCGAGUCGCAACUUCCAUCAAUGAAUGAUACCGAUAAAAAUGUUGUAACAAAGCCAAAUUUCUUAAAAGAUGAAAAUAACGAAUUUGAAUUUGUGAAUGUGAUAAAAUAUGAUUUUUCAUGUGAAUAUUGUGGGGCUUUAUUCAUAAAAGACGAAGAUAUUCUUCGUCACGUGCGAGAACAACAUGGCAACGAAAUUGAUUUAAAUGAAACGGUCAAUAUAUCACAAAAUUCCGAGAAAAAGGAAAGACGUAAACACACUAAAAUCGAUCAAGAAGCUGUGAAUGCCGCGAAAGUCGUCGUCGACGGAAAAGUUUAUUACAAUUGUAAAAUUUGCGGAAGAAGUUUGUAUUCUCCUUACACAUAUUUAUGGCACGUGCGAAUUCACACCGGAGAACGGCCGUUUGUUUGCGAUUUAUGCGGGAAACAAUUCCGCGUUUCUCAAGGUCUAGCAAGACAUCUCCGCGAAACUCACCAAGGGAUUAAAAAAUUCGGAUGCGAUAUUUGCGGUCGAAUGUUUUCCACGCGAAGGAACGUCACCGAACAUAGACGAAUUCACACAAACGAACGACCGUACAUUUGCGAUUUGUGCGGUAAAGCGUUCAAGCAGAAAGCUUCGCUCUUUGUACAUAGUCGAUCGCACACCGAUCACUUUCCUUUCGGUUGUACAUAUUGUCAUUUACGGUUCAGGACUAAACCGCCGCUUAUGGUACAUAUUACGAGACACACGGGCGAGAAACCGUUCUCUUGUGAUAAAUGCGGGAGGUGUUUUCGGGUUAAAUACGAGCUAAAACGACAUAUGUUGGUGCAUUCCGAUGAGAAACCGUUUGUUUGUGGGGAGUGUGGACUUAGUUUUCGACAGAAACGCUAUUUGAGGAAUCAUACGAAAACUAAUCAUAAUCGUGUAAAUGUGCAAUAAUAUUAUUAAUAAUUUAAGCUCUUUUUAAGACAUUUAUGUAAAUAUAUCCUAGGUUUUUAAGUGUU